AUGAGUUCACUCCGACACCAGAGGUACUUUGGGAUCAAUCCUUCAGCUUUUGCUUAUGCAAUGACCACUAUGGGGGCGAGCAUGAUCAACAGUAUAUUCGGCUUCUACUAUGUCAAGCUGUUUGUUAACAAGUACAAGGUGUCAGAGGGAGAUUUCCACAUAGCCCAAGUGAGUAUGAUUUUUCAACUUGAUGCUGUUCUUUGUUUGCAUUCAGGUCAAUCUCAUAGAGCAAAAGAAAUUAAAAACCUUUUGAAGUGUGAUAUUUGAUAAGUCACUUUUCUCCUCAGGUGGUGUACAUGGUGUGGAACGCAGUCAAUGACCCGCUCUUUGGAUACCUUCAGGAUAACUCUCGGGUGCCCUGUUGCUCCCAGCGUCGUCUCUCCAUCCUGUAUGGUGCACCUCUCUACUCGCUCACAUUCCUCCUGGCCUGGUUCCCAUGGCGUGCCUACACUCCUGGCGACUGGUUGUGUGGUCUGCAUCUGGCCGUGACACUGUGUGCUUUCGAUUCCUUGUUGACUUUUGUGCUCCUCGCUCAAUGUGCAUUGUUUGCAGAGAUUUCCAGCCAGCAUCAGAACAGACUCAGACUUGUGAAGUACAGUCAGGUAACGACACUGUAACCUGAUCACUUUCAUUUUUCGUCCCUAACCCCCCCUGAAUCAUUCCUUUAAUGCUCUCUUCCUUUUAUUUCUCAGUUUGCUUCUCUUGCUGGCUGUUCAAAUAUCCUCUUCUGUGGUGUACUGACCAACAACAUGGAGGACUUUAAAACGUUCCAAGCGUACACAGUAGUCAUCGCCAUCCUGAGCUGCACCUGCAUGCUCUACACGGGCUUCCACAGCGAGAGCCGCUUUGAUAACAAAGGAUCCCAAUCAGAAGAAACGCUGAGUUUGACCCAGGCUUCCAGCCAAUCAGAACCCUCCUUCUCCAACUUAAGGACUCUAGUCUGGCAAAUUCUGACCAACAGAGACUUUCAAAUUUUUGUUACCAUGAACUUCUUCCAGGUUUUCAUGUUGACCUUCUUGCAUAAUUUUACAAUAAUUUUUACGGAGCACCUGAUUCCCCAAGACGUGCUUCCAUCGAUGGCCAAGAGCAUCAUGUAUGGAGCCGGAUUCAUCUGUCCACAGGUAAUUCCUUCUGAUGUCAAAACCCUUGUUGCUCUACAGUCUAAUGUCCAUUCAUGUAUAUUUAUAUGUUGAUUCUGCUCCCUUGUCUUCAGCUGUUAGUGCUGAGCUGUCAGGGUGUGCUCCACAGUCUGGGCUACUACAAAAUCAUGCUCUUCACCUUCUACACAGAGGUUGUAAUGGCAGCUGUGAUGCUAGUGCUUGGUCCUCAGCACUACUAUAUCCUGGCCUUUUUCCUGACUGUUAACAAGUAAGAACAGUUUUUGAUGCAAAAUAAUAAGAACUAGUCCACCUCCAUUGACUCUUAUACACUACUCAUGGGGUUUACAUGCAGACUUCUUUUUUCAUUCUGAUUAGAGAUCUCAGGUCAUUUGUUUACAUGUGACAUGAUCUAUUUAGAUCUGGUAUUUACAUGUGCCACUACAUUUAAUCAGAAAAGCUGUUUUACAGACGUGGGACGCGCCCAGAUCUAUGAAAACAUCAGGUGAUUUAUCACAGGUGGAGGUCUAUCGUCUGUUCAGCACAGUAGUAGCGAUUGUUUUUACAUUUUUAUUCAAGCAACAGUAAAGCGCUCCUGCUGGAGGUACUGAAGAGGAGAAGACGUAGCCUACAGAAGAGGGUUUUUUUGUUGGUGCUUUGCGAUGUUUGUCCAUCUAUCCCGGCUUCGCUGACAUUUUCGUGGACUUUUUUCAAUUGUUCAAUACUUCUUGUUUUCCUACUGUCGGUGCAUUUGAUAAAAAACAACCUCUGCCAGAUCUGUGUGCUCUGUUUCGAAGCCGGCAUAUCAAUCAACUUUAUUUCUAUAGCACAUUUAAAAGAACCACGGGGGUAGCCGAAGUGCUGUACAUUGAGACAUAAAAACAAACGAAACAAGCAAAGAACAAGAUAAAGCAAACAAGAAUACAUAAAUGCAUAAAUAAAUAAAUAAGCAGGCUCACGGCACGUGCUAUGGUGACAACAAAGAAAAUAACACUACAAUGUGUUUAAAGCCAAGGAGUAAAAGUGCGUUUCAAGUAAGUAAACGUCACUGCGCAUUUACGUCAAGACAGAGCAUGCACAGUCAGAACGCAGCCUGACAACUUUCUGUUUCACAUGACGAAACAUCACUUUUGAUAGGUUUGGGAUAAGGAAUAUUCUACCCCUGUUAAACUGAAUGUUUAUCUUGAUUGAGGUGUUUGUAUAGAGCAGUUUAUCGGUUUGGGCUUCUAAACUAAUUCUAAUCGGAAUAUUAGCAACCAUGUAAACCCAGUGUUGUCCCCUCUGUGUUCUGUACAGGAUUAUUAUCCAGGCAACCGUCAGUGUGUUAGGCUUGCCUUUAUCUGACAUCAUCGACAAAGACCUUCAGAAGUACAAGCGAAGGUAAAAAAACUACAAAAGAUUAUUCAUCCACUUUAACUCAUACAAUAAUUUCAUCCAUGCAAAAACAGCACUAAAGUUGAAGUGACAUGUUGCAGGAUUUUAUUUGAAUAUUUUGUGUAUGUAAAGGAAACCCUUUUGCAGCCAGAGCCAAAUCUUUCCAACAUUUUUUUAACUUUCAUCUGAUAAAUUCCUCUUAUCGAAGUUGUGGAGUGAUUUUUUUUUCCCCUUCUCCAAAGUUCCCCGCUGUCCUCCAUGGUGUUCGGGACCAACGCCCUGUUCACUAAGCCUGCUCAGUCUCUGGCUCCCAUGUUGGUGCUCAGUAUCCUCAACCAGUUUGGAUACGAACAGUUGAAGGAAGCAGGAAAUGAUGCAGAUCCAAGGUACAGACAGUUUCUUGAUUUUUCUUCCUUCAACAGCUCAGCUGAAUCAACUGAUGUAGGCGUGGUACUCAACCCCCAGCUUACACAAACACUUUAAAUGCUAGGUGUCUUUAGCAUAUUUAAGACUGAACUAAUGUCAAUGAUUAGGGAAUGUCAUAAUAAUAUACUUAAUAUAUACACUCUUUAAAUUAAGAAAUCUCAACGUGAAGCAGAGUAAAUACAGCAGUGUACAAACCAGAUGAACUAAGAGAGUGAAAAAGCAUCAGAUGAGAGCAGACAGAUUGAUCAUCUCAUUCACUAGAAGUCUGUAACUAAGUUCCUCCUUUUUCACAGCGCCUUGGAGAACCUCCACAGUGUCAUGUUUUACCUGGUGUGUCUGGUGCCGAUGUGCAUCGGUGCCCUGCAGACCAUAGCUUGGAGACCAUUUUCAAUACGCAGCAGUCACACAAUGGAAACAAAGUACAUCGAUAACUGA